AGGUUUCUGGAGCAGCCGCCGGGCAACGAGCAGGGAGUCCGAACCAAAAACUCAGCUCCAGGAUAGCUGCGCCGGGGCCUCGGCGUCCCCCGUCCGGAACCGGAGGAGUGGUUUGACCUGGGGCAAAACCAUCAUGGACAGCGGGGGCGGAGCGUGAGAUAGACAGGAGCAAGGCGGCUGGUGAUGGUUUCGCCCGCCGCAACAAGUGUCAGCGCGCCUGCGCAGAGCCGGGAGGUCCUCGACUGUUGUUGGACCUCUGAGUUCCUCCUCUGCCUGUCUUCUCCUAGGAGCCCCAUGGCACCCGCCCAGCCCCACCUCAGCCCAUCUUGACAAAGUCCUAGGCUCCAUGGAGCCGCCACGGGCCCCCCCUGCCAACGGGGCUGAGCCGUCCCGGGCAGUAGGCACCGUCAAAGUGUACCUGCCCAAUAAGCAACGCACAGUGGUGACUGUCCGGGAUGGCAUGAGUGUCUACGACUCUCUGGACAAGGCCCUCAAGGUGCGGGGUCUCAAUCAGGACUGCUGCGUGGUCUACCGACUCAUCAAGGGGCGAAAGACGGUCACUGCUUGGGACACAGCCAUUGCCCCCCUGGAUGGCGAGGAGCUCAUUGUUGAGGUCCUUGAAGAUGUCCCACUGACCAUGCACAAUUUUCAGGUACGGAAGACGUUCUUCAGCCUGGUGUUCUGUGACUUCUGCCUUAAGUUUCUGUUCCAUGGCUUCCGCUGCCAAACCUGUGGCUACAAGUUCCACCAGCAUUGUUCCUCCAAGGUCCCCACAGUCUGUGUUGACAUGAGCACCAAUCGCCGACAGUUCUACCAUAGUGUCCAGGAUUUGUCAGGAGUAUCCAGACAGCACGAGGCUCCCUCAAACCGCCCCCUGAAUGAGCUGCUAACCCCCCAGGGUCCCAGCCUUUCCCCUGUCAGCUCCCGCACGCAGCUCGGCGACCCUGAACACUUCCCCUUCCCUGCCCCGGCCAAUGCCCCUCUCCAGCGCCUCCGUUCCACAUCCACUCCCAACGUCCAUAUGGUCAGCACCACAGCCCCCAUGGACUCCAGCCUCAUCCAGCUCACUGGCCAGAGUUUCAGCACCGAUGGUGAGCCACCCCCUGCCUGCACCUUGAGCCCCACCCCUGCCCCACUUCCCUCCACUGACAUCUCCUCCACAGCCUCAGCUGCUGGCAGUAGAGGUGGUGGUGAUGGAGCCCCCCGGGGUAGCCCCAGCCCGGCCAGUGUGUCUUCGGGGAGGAAGUCCCCACAUUCCAAGUCGCCGUCGGAGCAGCGGGAGCGGAAGUCCCUGGCUGAUGACAAGAAGAAGGUGAAGAACCUGGGGUACCGGGACUCAGGCUAUUACUGGGAGGUGCCACCCAGUGAGGUGCAGCUGCUGAAGAGGAUUGGGACAGGCUCGUUUGGCACCGUGUUUCGUGGGCGGUGGCAUGGCGAUGUGGCCGUGAAGGUUCUCAAGGUGGCCCAACCCACUGCUGAGCAGGCCCAGGCCUUCAAGAACGAGAUGCAGGUGCUCAGGAAGACACGUCAUGUCAACAUCUUGCUGUUCAUGGGCUUCAUGACGCGGCCGGGAUUUGCCAUCAUCACACAGUGGUGCGAGGGCUCCAGCCUCUACCACCACCUGCACGUGGCCGACACACGCUUCGACAUGGUCCAGCUCAUUGAUGUGGCCCGGCAGACUGCCCAGGGCAUGGACUACCUCCAUGCCAAGAACAUUAUCCACCGAGAUCUCAAGUCUAACAACAUCUUCCUACACGAGGGGCUCACAGUGAAGAUCGGCGACUUUGGCCUGGCCACAGUGAAGACACGGUGGAGCGGGGCCCAGCCCUUGGAGCAGCCCUCAGGCUCUGUGCUGUGGAUGGCAGCUGAAGUGAUCCGAAUGCAGGAUCCGAACCCCUACAGCUUCCAGUCGGAUGUCUAUGCCUACGGGGUUGUGCUGUACGAGCUCAUGACCGGCUCACUGCCUUACAGCCACAUUGGCAGCCGUGACCAGAUUAUCUUUAUGGUGGGCCGUGGCUAUCUGUCCCCGGACCUCAGCAAAAUCUCCAGCAAUUGCCCCAAGGCUAUGCGACGUCUGCUGUCUGACUGCCUCAAGUUCCAGCGGGAGGAACGGCCCCUCUUCCCCCAGAUCCUGGCCACGAUUGAGCUGCUGCAGCGGUCACUCCCCAAGAUAGAGCGGAGUGCUUCGGAACCUUCGUUGCACCGCACCCAGGCUGAUGAGUUGCCUGCCUGCCUACUCAGCGCAGCCCGCCUUGUGCCUUAGGCCCCACCCACAGCCACCAGGGAGCCAAUCUCAGCCUGCCUUGCCGAGGAGACCCACCCACCCACCAACCAAUCAAUGUUCUCUCUGCCUUGAUAACUGCCUCAGGAUCCUCCACCCUCUCUAUCCUGGGGGGUGAGGGGCUCCCCAUGUGCUUUACCAGUUCCUCUGGAAUUAGGGGACCUUCAAGGACCGAAGCCCUGCCUCCUCCAUUAUUUGGGUUCCUCUUGGCUUCUGGGGGUGUUUCUAAAUUUGGGUAGCUCCAAUGGCUGGGAUUUAUGACAGAUUCCACUCAGAACCUCUCUGGAGUUUAUGCCGGAUGUGCCUUCCACUGGAUUUCGGGAUCCCUAGCACCCCAAGUGGAUUUGGGGGGACCCCUGUGUCUCCCCUCCCAUUCAAGGACUCCCCUCUUUCUUCACCAAAAAGCACAGAAUUCUGCUAGGACUUUGCUUGUUUA